GGAAGCGAGUGUGAAGCAAUCAUGGCGUCGGCGCUUCUGGCGCUGAGGACGCGGGCAACUAGUAUCUGGUUGCAGUGGGUGAAUGAAUAGCUUCAAAACGGUGGGGAAGCUGCAGCUGAGGCCGCUCUGGGUGUCCUGUUGUUGGCCUGUCUGGGUUGGCUGUGCCUCUCCAUGGGGUGUGAGGUUACAGCCCUGUUGAGCCCUCCUCCAGCUAUAACUCUUGCUGUCAGAAAUGCAUCUAAGAAGACCGGUGGUAGCUCCAAAAACCUUGGUGGAAAGUCACGAGGCAAACAUUAUGGCAUCAAGAAAAUGGAAGGUCACUAUGUUCAUGCUGGCAACAUCCUUGGGACUCAGCGCCAAUUUCGCUGGCACCCAGGUGCCCACGUGGGGCUGGGGAAGAGGAAGUACCUGUAUGCCCUGGAGGAGGGGAUAGUCCACUACACUAAAGAAGUCUACGUACCCAAUCCCAAUAACUUGGAGGCAGUAGAUCUGGUUACCAGACUGCCCAAAGGUGCUGUGCUCUACAAGACUUUUGUCCACGUUGUUCCUGCCAAGCCUGAGGGCACCUUCAAACUUGUAGCCAUGCUUUGAAGUCCUGGUUGAGGGCUUGGAACAGAGACUGGAGCCCAGGUGACAGGAGAAGGUGAUACCAGAAGUCAAGUAUUAGGGUCACAACAGGGCCUCUGAGGAAGAGGUCUGUUGGAAGUUGACUCUGCAGGAGACUCGGAUGACUGCUGGGAUGCCUUUUGGGAGACCUGUCCUGGGCCUAAAUAAAGCCUGCUGGAAUCAUGAA